AUGGCUAAAGGUAGAGCCCUGAAGUUAGUGAUCAAGGAGAGAGAUGAGAAAGAGCCUGAGAAACAGAGGAGCCAUCGUAAAACAGUAGAAAACCUGAAGGCACUAGAGUAUCGAGAGUGUCCUGUCAAAUUAGUAAGCAAAAUGAAGUGCAUCAAACAUACCUAUGUAUGCUCUACUUUACGAAGUGUUUCUACUGGAUCCUCAAGACCUUCCAAAAUAUGUCUGGUGUGUGGAGACGAGGCAUCUGGAUGUCACUAUGGGGUGGUGACCUGUGGCAGCUGCAAAGUCUUCUUCAAAAGAGCAGUGGAAGGGCAACACAAUUAUUUAUGUGCUGGAAGAAAUGACUGCAUCAUUGAUAAGAUUCGACGAAAGAACUGUCCAGCCUGCAGACUUCAGAAAUGUCUUCAAGCUGGAAUGAACUUAGGAGCUCGAAAGUCAAAGAAGUUGGGCAAGUUAAAAGGCAUUCACGAGGAGCAGCCGCAGCAGCCGCCCCCUCCGCCCCGGCCCCCCCAGAGCCCUGAGGAGGGGACCACGUACAUUGCUCCGGCGAAGGAGCCCUCGGUCAAUACAGCCCUGGUUCCGCAGCUCUGCACCAUCUCUCGAGCUCUCACCCCGUCCCCGGCCAUGAUCCUGGAAAGCAUCGAGCCGGAAAUUGUGUACGCGGGCUACGAUGGCUCCAAGCCAGACACGGCGGAGCACCUGCUGUCCACUCUCAACCGCCUGGCCGGCAAGCAGAUGAUUCAAGUCGUGAAGUGGGCAAAGGUGCUUCCAGGAUUUAAAAACUUGCCUCUUGAGGACCAAAUUACCCUAAUCCAGUAUUCUUGGAUGUGUCUAUCAUCAUUUGCCUUGAGCUGGAGAUCGUACAAACAUACGAACAGCCAAUUUCUCUAUUUUGCACCAGACCUAGUCUUUAAUGAAGAGAAGAUGCAUCAGUCUGCCAUGUAUGAACUGUGCCAGGGGAUGCACCAGAUCAGCCUUCAGUUUGUUCGACUACAGCUCACCUUUGAAGAAUACACCAUAAUGAAAGUAUUGCUGCUUCUAAGCACAGUUCCAAAGGAUGGUCUCAAAAGCCAGGCUGCAUUUGAAGAAAUGAGGACAAAUUACAUCAAAGAACUGAGGAAGAUAGUAACUAAGUGUCCCAGUAAUUCUGGGCAGAGCUGGCAGAGGUUCUACCAACUGACCAAGCUUCUAGACUCCAUGCAUGACCUGGUGAGUGACUUGCUGGAGUUUUGCUUCUACACUUUCCGAGAGUCCCAGGCCCUGAAAGUGGAGUUCCCUGCAAUGCUGGUGGAGAUCAUCAGUGACCAGCUGCCAAAGGUAGAAUCCGGCAAUGCCAAGGCCCUUUACUUUCACAGGAAGUGAUGGGAGACGUCUUACCAGAAGAACUUUGCCUUAAGUUUCCCCGUGUUAUUCCACACCCACAAAGGACUCGAGAAAUCAUGGUUGAUUCACCACUUGUCAGCAGUCUCUCAAGCUUAAAAUCACAUCGAGGGUUUGGAGCUGGGAAAGCCAUUUGACAUGGAUUUGGCAAGAUCGGAGCAGCCUAAAGGACUCUUCCCUCUCCAGUCCCAGCGCUUAGAAACAUGUUCCUCUGGAUGAAAAGCCAUAUCUAGUCAAUAACUUUCUGAUUUUGAUAUUUUAACAGAUGGAAGUUUUAACUAUGCCAUGUAGUUUCCAGUAUCGUUCGCUUGUUUUAAAAGGGUUCAAGGACUAACAAACUUUUUAAAGCUUACCUGUGGUUUGCACAUAAAAACGUAUAGUCAAUACGGGGCAUUAAAAUUCUUUUGUUAUUUAAAAAACAAAAAAGAAAAAAUAUAUACAGAUUCCUGUUGUGUAAUAACAGAAUACGUGGCUUGGAAUAGCGGCCCUCUCUGGUAUACACACUUGUUAGCAUCCAUUUAUUAUUUAAUUAGAAUGGAUAAGAUGUUAAAACAAAUGCCUUGGUUUCAAUUUCUAGUACCUAUUGUGUUGGCUUUACAAAUAAUUUUUUGCAGUCUUUUGCUGUGCUGUACAUUACUGUAUGUAUAAAUCGUGAAGGACCUGAAAUAAGGUGUAAGGAACUUUUGUAAAUGAGACACAUACAAAAAAAAUUUAAUGGUUAAUAGGAUGAAUGGGAAAGUAUUUUUGAAAGAAUUCUAUUUUACUGGAGACUAUUUAAGUACUAUCUUUGUCUAAACAAGGUAAAAAUUUUCUUUUGUAAAGUGAAAUGUUCUGCAUGCAUAAUGAACCGUUUACAGUGUAUUUAAGAAAGGGAACGCUGUGCCUUUUUUAGCUUCGUAUCUAAUUUACCAUUUUACAGUCUCUGUUGUAAAUAACCACACUUCGACCUCCUCGGUUGUCUUUAAGCCUUUCUACUUUUUCUGUACUUUUUGUUUUGUUCCUGGUCUCCCAGUUGGGGUGUUUGUGAGACUCGAGCACUUUUUUCCAGCUUCUGCUUCAUCCGCUUUAUCCUGCUUCCAUCGGGGGAUGACAUAUGGAGGUGUGGGCAGCUCCUUGCAGGUGUUUCUGAUGGCACUCCGGGGACAGAAGGUCCCGGCAGGGCUCAGCUCCCGGAAAGCUGCCUCUUUCCCCUUUCCCACAAGCAGCAGCAUCAGCUCCUGGAGGCGGUGGCUAGAAACUCCGCUCAGAGAGCACUAUUCUCCGCCCUUUUCAAAAAAGCCAAUGUCACCCGUGGGGCGGGGAGUUCCAGACACUGUGCACGUCUGUCCGAAAUCAGGGGCUCAUUCCUGCUCCCGGAAAGCAUCUGGCACUCCUGGAAUUGGUCUCGGGAACACGUAGAUCGUGGCAGGAUGUACUGGGACAAUCCAUCUUGGCAAAGGUCUAUCACAGUGGUGUGGAGACCGGAAGAUCAUUAGAAGGUUUUUAGAUUUUUUAAAGGUAGGUUUUAAAAAUAAAUUUUAUACAUAAACAGUUUUGGAGAAAAAAAACACUACAGAUCAUAUAAGCAAGACAGUGGCACUAAAAUUUUUAAUUCAUUAAUCUGUUUGGCACUGAUACAAUUUAUGGCUUUUCUCUUGCCCUAAAUCACAUCUCUCUCUCUCUCCCUCUUUGGAGAAACUAACAAUGUGAUUGCACUAAACUACUCUGAAUAGAGGCCAAAUUAAUCCUUUAAAAGUAGUGAUGGUAACCAUCACAUACUCAGUGAAAUCUCAUUAUUUUCCAAAACCUAACAGCUGUAGCUCAAACUGAGGCUGGGAGAAGGAAAGAUCAGAUCAGCACCUCUCCAGGGUUCACCAUGCAGGCAACAUUACCCACCUUGUCUUUUAAAAGACACCUGCCUUAUGCAAGGGGAAACCUGUGGAAGCAGCCCUCAGAAGGAAGACUUUUCCUUACAAAAUCCGCAAUUUCAAGAGUUUAAUUUCUAGGCAGAUCUUUCAAUGCAGUCAACUCACAUGCACAGCAAUAUGAAAGCCACACACUAAAGGUGAUAAAUACACAGCAUGCAGACUGGGAGUUUCUGGAAAAGAAAUGGUAGUAAAAGCAGCUUUUAGUUCAGACAACUUUUUAUGAAGCCAGAAUUUCAACUUUAUCAGGUUUGGGAUGAAACAGUCUGCAUCAGCUUUUUGUAUUAACAAAGUUACUGGCGCUUUGUGUGUCUCCAGGUAACUUUGCUUGAUUAAACAGCAAAGCCAUACUCUAAAUUCACUGUUGAAUGCCUGUCCCAGUCCAAAUUGUCUGUCUGCUCUUAUUUUUGUACCAUAUUGCUCUUAAGAAUCUUGGUUUGGUACAAUUCAUAAUUCACCAAAACUUCUUCAUAUAAUUAAACACUAAAUUAGUUUAAAAUGAAGCAGUUUAUAUCUUUAUGCAAAAACAUGUCUGUCUUUGCAAAGGACUGUAAGCAGAUUACAAUAAAUCCUUUACUUUAAUCACC